AUGGAUUCUUCACGAAUCUUCGUUAAAGGUCUGCCACCGAAUCUCAACGAGGCCGACUUGCGCAAGCAUUUCGCGUCCAAAGGUCACAUCACAGACGUCAAGCUGAUACCUCACCGAAGGAUUGGAUAUGUUGGCUAUAAGAGCCCGGAAGAAGCCGCUGAUGCAGUUAAAUACUUCAACCGUUCCUUUGUACGGAUGUCUAAAAUAUUUGUCGAGUUAGCAAAACCCAUAGCAGACCCAUCCUUGCUCAAGUUCAAAGAAAGAAGGAAUAAAACAAGUCUUGAUACGGGAGUCUCUCAGGUGACUAUUAAAUCGUCUGCGGAGUCGGAAUCACAACCCGAGAACUCAAAAAAGAGGAAGCGGGAUGAAGCUAACGAGUCCGACCCGAAACUACAAGAGUUUUUAAAUGUCAUGCAACCUGCAAAGACUUCAACAAGCAAGAUACAUGGUGUCGUUACGGAACUUGCAGAUGAACCUCCUGCAAAAUAUGCUGCGCUUGUUGAAGAGGGAGCAUCUGAUGACGAAUACGAGGUUGUACCAAACCGACGAAAGAAGAGCCAACCUAUAGAAAAUGCAAAGCCAGUAUCAACUGUAAGCAUUGUAAACGGUGGGGCAGAUCGCCAGCCCCAAACAGAGCCCGAUAUAGUCGAAAGACCUCGGGAGGAAGCGGUACCAAUUGCUACUAGCGUUGUUGAGACAACAUCAGGUGCGGCUGCUACGGACGAUGACUGGUUACGGUCACGGACGAACAGAUUACUUGACCUAGUCGACGAUGAAGAUAUCGUGCCUACAACUGCCCCACCUGAAGACCAGCUAUCUGUACCGUCACUCCAGGAGCAAGAACCUGAGAUUGUUGAUGCGACUCUUGGCGAGAAUCAGGUUAUGAAAGACCCAAGUCCUCAGCCCAACGAAGAUGAGCCUGAUACAGAAACCAAAGACGACACCCUAGACACAGUUCGUAAAACCAAGAGGUUAUUCGUGCGCAACCUGCCAUAUUCUGCUACCGAAGAUGAGCUUAGGUCGUACUUUGAGCGAUUCGGUGACGUUGAAGAGGUUCAUGUGCCGAUGGAAAACUCGGCCAACAAUCGCGGAAUUGGCUUUGUUCUGUUUGCUAGUCCAGACGAUGCGACAAAAGCAUUCCAAACAGAUCACUCUUCUUUUCAGGGGCGAAUAUUACAUGUUCUACCAGCAUCAGCGAAACGUGAUCACAAUCUUGAUGAGUUUGCACUGUCAAAAUUACCAUUAAAGCAGCAGAAUAUUAUUAAGAAGAGAGCUAAGGCGGCGGAAUCGAGAUUUAACUGGAAUUCGCUUUUUAUGAACCAAGAUGCCGUAAACACAUCAGUUGCCGAUCGUUUGGGAAUCUCAAAAGCGGAAUUGCUUGACCCAACCAGUUCUGACGCAGCUGUGAAGCAGGCGAUGGCAGAGACAUCGACGAUCCAAGACACUAAGGCUUACUUCGUAGCCAACGGUGUCGAUCUGAACGCAUUCAAAUCAGGGCCUCGGGGUGACACAGCUAUCCUAGUCAAGAAUUUCUCUUACGGCACGACAAUCGAGGAGAUCAGAACCCUCUUUGAAGAACAUGGUCAAGUUUUGAAAGUACUCAUGCCUCCGACGGGGACAAUCGCUAUUGUCCAGUUCGCGCAGGCCCCUCAGGCUAAGGUUGCUUUCGCCAAGUUAGCAUACCGUCGAUUUAAGGACUCAAUAUUAUUCCUUGAGAAAGCACCAAAGAACUUAUUCGUAGGUAAAGAACCACAACCAGAAAUGGUGCAGACCAGCAAAGAGCCCAGUGCUGUGCAGAAGCUGUCUGCAUCUGAGUUACUAGAACAGGAAACUCAAGAACCUGUCGAGUCAAGCUCGCUAUUCGUGAAGAAUCUUCAUUGGGAUACCACUACCGAGGAGCUUGCGAAUGAGUUUAAGCAUCUUGAAGGAUUUAGGUCGGCCCAAGUGAAAACAAAGAAAGACCCUAAGAAGCUUGGUCAAGUGCUUAGCAUGGGAUUCGGGUUUGUCUCAUUUUCUGACAAGAAAACUGCAGAGGCAGCCUUAAAGAUUAUGGACGGCUAUGUCCUCAGAGCGCAUAAGCUUCAAGUUAGAGGUUCGCAUCGCGGACGUGACGCAGCCGAAGAGCGAAGACAGGAGGACAAUGCGAAGAAGGCCGCUAAUCAAAGAACAAAGAUCGUGAUAAAGAACGUCCCCUUCCAAGCUAACAAAAAGGAUAUCCGGAUGCUCUUGAGCACGUAUGGUCAGCUCAAAUCAGUCCGUAUACCUAAAAAGUUUAAUUCUACUAGUAAAGGGUUCGCCUUCGCCGAGUUCGUCUCGCCGAAGGAAGCAGAGUCAGCGCUGCUUGCCCUACAAGAUACACAUUUGUUAGGCCGCAGACUCAUUCUUCAAUACGCAGAAGCAGAAGCGAUUGAUCCUGAAGAGGAGAUCGCAAAGAUGCAAAGGAAAGUUGGCGGCCAGGCUAGUAAAAUGGCCCUGCAACAGCUUACAGGGGCAGGCCGUAAACGGGUGAACCUAGGAGGUGACGAAGACGAAGGGGAGAUCUAA